AUGAAUAAGUUCGCCGCGCACGCGCCCUCGGACGCGGCGAAAGGGAUGCGCGCGCUCGCCAGUGGAUGGUUCGGUGAGGUGAGCGACAUGUGGCCGGGACAAGCGAUGUCGCUGCGCGUGGACGAGGAGCUGUUUCGAGGGAAGAGUGAUUUUCAAGACGUCCUGGUGUUUCGAAAUGCGGCGUACGGGAACGUGUUGGUCCUGGAUGGGGUGAUUCAGGCGACGGAGCGGGAUGAGUUUUCGUACCAGGAGAUGAUGACGCAUCUCGCGUUGUGCUCGACGAAAUCGGCGCCGAAGCGGGUGCUCGUCGUCGGGGGGGGGGACGGUGGCGUCCUGCGAGAGGUCACGAGACAUUCGAGCGUGGAGCGGGCGGAGAUGGCGGAGAUUGAUGGGAUGGUGCCGGAGAUGGCGAAGAAGUAUCUCCCAUACAUGGCGCGCGGGUUCGAGGACCCGCGCGCCGAGGUGAUGAUUUGCGAUGGGAUCGAUUACGUCACCAAAGCCGAGGCCGAUUCGUACGACGCGAUCAUCGUCGACUCGAGCGACCCGAUCGGGCCGGCGAGCGUGCUGUUCGAAGAGAAGUUUUUCCGUCAGAUUUAUCGCGUGCUCAAGCCGGGGGGCGUCUUGUGCUCGCAAGCCGAGUGCGCGUGGUUACACCUCGAUCUCAUCGUCGACUUGGCGAAGAUGUGCAAGGAGAUCUUCGUCAACGGUUCGGUGCAGUACGGGUACACGUCGAUUCCGACCUACCCGAGCGGGCAGAUCGGCUUCAUGCUCUGCUGCAAGCCAGACGAAGACGGCUCGACGGUUGACUUCACCAAACCGAAGCGUUACCCCACCCCGGUCGAGGGCUCGGAUCUCAAGCCGAUGCGUUACUACAACGCGCAGGUGCACGCCGCAGCUUUUGUGCUUCCGGAAUUCGCCCGAGAAGCGCUCGAGCCCCACCUCGUCCGAGGUAAGGAAUAA